AUGACGGCACCCCGCAUGAAACAAUUAAACGAAGAAGGUAGUCUUUCGUCUUCCUUCAACAACAAGCAGCAAAAAAUUGCGGCCAAGACCAUAAGCAAGGACGACCUUAAUACCCUAUCAAUGACACCACCUCUUUGGCCUGGUUUUGAUUUAUUGAAAAUCAACAAGUAUAAAAAUAUGAUAUUCACUGUGGUCAAACGUAGUGAAAUCACAACAAACGCAUACUCUGUUAAUGAAAGUACUAUAUAUGGUGGACGGCGAGCGCAUAUGGUAUGUUUCCCAUUCAAUGAAUUUGCACGCGCUCUUCCAUAUGUCAUCAUUGGAAUACAGUGCAAAGUAAAUCUUGCAGUUGUAACUCGAACUAUUCGGUACUGGUUGAACAUUUUGGAUCGUGCCAAGAUAUUGCCCUAUUGUUUUUUAAGAAGGGAGGUUCGUCAUUCUGCAUUUGACAAAGCGGACGGCAAUCCAUUUUACACACAUCCUUGUCGUUGUGGGCGAAGCAUUUUGAAAUUACGCGGCGAUUUUAUUGCGAAGCACACUGAUAGCACAUCGAUUGGCCCUAUAGUUGUUUGGGUUUAUCUUUCAAAAGAAGAACAUAAUGCUCUGGAUGUUUUCUCUGUAGGGAAAGACACGAUUAACAAUUUGAAACGACGUGGUGUUAUAGUCAGCCAGUUCACAAAAAUCCUCCAGUACGAAAAAAAUUGCUUGGAACAAUUCGAACGUCAGCAUCUCUAA